UUUUGUUUGAAUGAGUGAAACGUCGUCUUGACAACGAAUUUGGUGGCUUUUUUAUGAAUUAUUCGAUUGAUUUUAAUAUGAAUUUAUUAAAUUAUGGAUGAUCCCCAUCAGUCUACCCCACAUACGUCUGAAAAAAAGAAUAUUCUUCCGGAUGUCGUACAUUCUCAACAGAUACCCACUAUAGGAAGUGCUACAAACGAAUCGGAGACAGGUAUAGAAGCUAGUGGAAACACGGAAGAAAAUCUAAUUUCACACGAUGUCGACGACAGCAAGACCGAGUCUAUAUCGGAACAUAUUCCCUCCAAAAUCGAAUAUUCUACAGAUUCCGACCAUGCAAGUAGAUCACAUGGCCUUCUUAAAAUUGAGCCAGUGCAGGAGAAAACUUCUAAAAAUAGUUCCGUAAACGUUCCAACUCCACACUCCCCUACAAGUGAAGGCCCAAGCACACAAGAUCCCAGUAAAGUCAGUUUAUCCCUGCCUCUAGAUGUAAAUGCUGUAUCGGAUAUUCAACUACUAAGUGAAGGGAGUCCUGUCAAUUUGCCAUUAUUAUCUGAUCUAUGUAAGGAGAAUUCUGAGAAACCUCAUGAUAUGCCAGAUGCAAAUGUACAGUCCAGUGAACAGGACAUACCAAACUUGUCCCCUAGAAGUGACAAGUAUCUGGACUCAUUAAAUGAUGAAUCUAGCCAUAAAUCAGGGUCUUUACUAGAUUCUGCAGAGAACUCGGAUAAAAUAGAUUCUCCAGGUAAGGUGAGUUCUGGCUCAGAGGAGAUAAUAAAGUUGGAUAUAAGAGGCCAGGGUGUGCCAAAGUUUCCAUUUCCUUCUGCAAAAAUUAUAUUUGGACCACCACCAGAAGGUGGAACAGUUAUUGAUUCUGAUGUUGAACCAAUCCCAGUAUUCCCAAACUUACUCUCACCAUUUCUUGUUGGGGCUGGAGAUAGUGUAAAAAUUGAGGAGGUGUUUGAUGACCAAGAAGUGUCUAAAGAUCCAACCCCUGAAAAAUCACCACUGUCAGCAGAGAAAGAAAGUUUAUCCAGUAAUAAAUCAUUAGAAUUAUCUCCUGAGCGGCAAAUCAGUCUAUCUACUGACAAUUCAUUGCAAAUGUCACCAGACAAACAAAGUCUGUCUAGUGAUAAAAUUGAAGCAGACUUGUUAGUUGAAGAAAUUACUGUUGAAGAUGAAUUGAAGGAAAAAGUGAGUGAUAAGCCUGAGGAGAGCUCUAUGCCAAAGUCGAUCCCACUGGAGGAGACAAUGUCUUUCAGUACAAUGACAGACUACAAGACAAUAUGUGAAGAGUAUCAUGUGAAGCUUGUGCACUUGGAAGAUGCUAUCACGCAGCGUGAUGAAUUAAUUGAGGAACUGACCAUCUCAUUACAGCGUUCAGUUCGUGAACGAGAAGACCUUAGACAUGAGAAUGACCACCUCACUAAUGAAGUACAGAAUCUACAACACAUGAUGGCUGAGAACUCUGAACAUGACACUGUCAAGGGUCAGCUCUCAGACUUCGUCAAGUAUCAAAGCAUGAUCAAAGACGAUAGCACCAAGUUCUACUCAGCUAUUAUGAGCGGCGGAUCUUCAAUCCAAAGCUCUAAUGGCGAAAAAGAUAUGGACAGAGAAGAAAUUGUCAUCAAUUACUCAAAGUCCGAUUUAAGAUCGUCAGACGUGUCAGAUGAAUUCCAGACAGGUUUCGAAAAUAAAAUAACGACAAUAAUAAAUAAGUUCGAUAGUUAUAUUGAGGAGAAUCUGAGGAACAAGCUGAGGGAAAGUGUGAUACAAGUUUUGUGCGAUGAGAUAGGGAAGAUGAGGAUAGACAAUGACACGGAGAUCAAGGAGCUGGAGGCGCAGCUGCAGCAGGACAAGCAGGCGUACUCCGUGGAGACGCGCCGCCUGCGGGAGCUGCUCGCCUCCGUCAAGGCUGGGAGUGCCGACAUCGAGGCGCUGCGACAAGAGCUACACAUCAAACAUGAGAAAGAGAUGGAGAAUUUGCGGACAUACUUCGAGAAGAAAUGUUCAGAUAUGGAAAGGAGCUACUCUGAGGAGGUGUGGCGCGACAAGGCGUGCGCGUCGCCGUGCGGCUCGGCCACGUCGCUGGACGCGCCGCCCGACGCCGCCGGCGACUGCGCGCGCCGCCGCACGCGCAGCAUGCAGCUGCCCACGCGCCGCCCAGAGUGGACCCAACACGAGCAGUCUCCGGGGCAGACGUGUAAGAAGUGCGAGCAGCAGAUGGAUGAGCUGAAGGCAGAACACGUGGCGUACGUCAGUGAGCUGCAGGCGACGCACCGGGAGGCUGUGGCCUCGCUUGAUGAACAGAUAACGCAGCUCAAAGCGCACAUCCAAACAGCAGAGAACACGGAGGCCAACGUUUCUCUAUACCAGCAAGACAUCGAUCUGGAGUUAGAAAAGAAGAUGGAGGCGCAGCUCGAACAGAGACUGGAGGAGGUCAGGGAUGAGGUCAGGCAGGAGGUCGUCAACCAUCUACAGGAGCAGCUGCAGGUGCUUCUGUCGGACCCCGACGCGGAGGUGUCGAGCUGGCCGCUGGAGCUGGUUGCCCUGAGGGAUAAGAUACAUGGAGACGCCAGCAAAUCAGCUGAAAAGGAGUGUUCGAGUCUUCGUGACGAGCUGUCGGUAGGCGAGGACAAGUGGAAACAACGGAGGAACAUCAGCUUCGACCAGAAUAGACAGCUGGAAGAAGUGACCAGGGAAAGGGAUGACCUGAAGCGCGUGGCAGUGAGCCUGCACCGCGUGGUGGGGCAGCUGGUGGCGUACUGCGCCAGCGCCGAGGACGAGCUCAACCGCACCGUGUUGGCGCAACUACUGGCGCGGCUGGUGCCCGGGGAUAACGACACGUUGAUAGAGGAGGAGUCUCGUCCGACGACGCCGAACGUGUCGGGCGAGCUGAACCACAGCGUGGUGUCGCGCAGCGGCCGCCACGUGCACUUCGCGCCCGAUCUCAACGCUAUACUCACCGACUUGGACGAGGAGAGCAUAGUAAACUUCCUGCAACAGCAGCGGGACCUGAGUGCGGAUAUCAAGAAGGAGCUAGAGAACUCUCUGAGAAGACUGAGACAUGAAGCCCACUCGCUACUCGACUUGUCUGCUAAACUCGCUCCAAGAAUCCGUCCCGACACGAGUAAUAUGUUGGAGUCCAGUAUACAGAUCACCGAGCUAGUGCACGACUUGGAUAACAAAGAGAAUUGUGACAACUGCGAGCUGCAUAGAAAGAACAUGGAAGAAGCGAUGGCUGAGUGUUUGCAGCGGGAGAAUUUACUUCGUUCAGAUCUGGAAGCUGCAAUGAUCAAGAUCGCGCAGCUCAUGACCAGCGGGGAAGUCAUUGCCGAAGGCUACGGCACGGGCCCGCAACUAUGCUCGCUGCCGCCGCGGUCCCGUCCGGCGCCGACGUCGGCGCAGUCGCUGGACGGCAGCGCGUCGCCACGCGUGCAGAGACUCGCGCAUGACAUCGACUCGCUGCAGAAAGAGAGGGAUGAUCUGCAUCAACAGCUGGAGGCAGCGAACCGUCAGCUCCGCUCUACCCGCCAAUUCGUAGAGGAGCAAGCCGCCGAGCGCGAGGCCGAGCGCGACGAGUUCGCGCGACGCCUGCAGGACCUGCGAGAUGAGAACACGAGACUCGCUACUCGGCUGCAGAACAAUGCUAGGAUACUUAAUGAGAUGCACUGCCUGCGCCUCACGUAUUGCAACUGUCGUGAACACGACAAGCACGUGGAACAACUCGAAGCUCAAACUCGGGAGAUGAACCAAAUCAUAACCGAACUUGAAACACGAAAAGCCUCUACGGACGACCAGCUAAAAGCUUCUGAUGAAAAAGUGGUCUUACUGAGAGACAUCAUUGGGAAUUUGGAGUCACAAUUAGAACAAAAGACGACUCAUGAAACGGAAAUACUGGAACAGUUAGAACAAAUGAAGAAUACGAUAGAUGAGAGAGAUAGUAAGAUGAGGACUUUGUUGGGGGAGCUCGAGUCGCUCAAGAGUGAGCGAAUGGAACAGAGUGACGUCAUCUGUGUCAAGUGUAGCCAGGAGGAUGUGAAGAUUUCCGAACUGAUGGAAAGGGUUAAAGAACAGUGCCAAUACCUGGAGGAUCGCAUCCACCGUCGCACGCGGGCGCUGGAGCGGGUCCAUGAACAGUGCUCCACCAGCUGCAGCGAGCCUAGCGAAGACGUGUCGCUGCGGGACCAGAGACAUAGGCACUUGGAGGUAAAAUCCCCGGACACGGACGCAACACCCCGUACAGAACACAUGUCAGAGCUGAUGGGUGUGUGGGAGUGCCUGGAGACGCACGCGCGGGCGGAGGACGCCGUGCUCAAGCGCGUCGCCGACCUCGAGAUGCAGAGGGCACAGCUUAAGGACAUUGCUCAGGAGGUGCGAGCGGAGCGCGAUGUGCUGCAGGCGCGGAUGUCGGAGCAGGCGCUGCGCAUCUCGUCGCUGUCGGCGCGGCUGCAGCAGCAGCGCAACGACGCCGAGGCGCUGUCGCACCAGGCCACCAGCCAGCUCAGCGUGCAGCUGCAUGAUGCACUCGCUGAGGUGCAAAGGUUGAAAGAAGAGUUGGAUUCAAAGGACAAACAGUUGAUACGAGUCAAGCAAAACCUAGAGGAGAGAGAGAAACUACACAAUGAGCAUCACUCCCUGUACGGGAACUCAUGUAAUCCCAAAGACAAGGUGGUAAUAUUAGAACGUGAACUAUCAGCGGCUCAGUCUCGCAUCGCCCAACUAGAAGGCCUGGCCAACAGCUUGGAGAAGGACAAGGAAGAACUGCUGAUCAACAUCAGAGACCACCAGAGGGCGCUGGCCGAGAAAGAAAAUCAACUACAAGAGUUGCUGGCGCUAAAACUGGACGAAGACAACCAAAAGGAGGAGAAUGGCGACGUCUUAGAAGGCAAAGCUUCCGCGAGGACUCUCAGCGACAUCGUAUCUAUAUCUGAGUUCGACGAACAGGACCUGCAGAUGCGCCGGGCUGAACUCAAGGGUCAUAAUGUCAGCCUCACUGGAGCGCCCUACGCUGAUACCACCAAAGAAAAGAUUCUCAACAGGACAUUGCCUCCAGAACUCGACAAACCAAACAUGAGUUCCCUAAACAUUGAAUUUACUGACCAUUUCGAACUACCUGGUUACACCCCGCGAGCUGACUCGCUGCCCGCUCAUUUAACGUCAACACAAAAUAAAGAACUACUCAAACAAUACAAGAGAAACGUUAACGAAACUACAAUGUUCGGUAUUGAAACGAAACAUGCUCAAAUCAUACAAGACAAUUGCUCAAUGUACCCCAACAGAGACGCUAACGACAGUAAAGACUUAAGCGUCGAACCGAAGAAAAUUAACUUCUCCCUGGAAACUACCGACAAUAAAACGCACAACGACUUCACCUCAUUAGGGGAACUCGGAAUAACUCUCGACGUUAAACAAGAAAACUUCCCCGACAUACUGACACAAUUGAAACAUGAGAUUAAAAAAUCCAGGACAGAGUUAGAGACCUGCAAGUCUGAACUGAAAAACGCUGAGGAACAGCUCUGCGAAUUCCCUGCCCUGAAGGAAGAAGUUGAAGAACUGAAGGGUCUACUUGAGAACACGAUGGCCACCAUGGAACACGACAAGAAAUUCUAUGAAAACCAAUUAGAUAAUUUCUCGUCAAACAAAAAGUUGCUCGAACAAAGGCUCGCGGAAUUGACGCAAGAAGUUAAUGAUAAAUCCAAAGACCUGCACUUGCUCAAAGAAGACAUUCUGAGGCGAGAAAAUAUGAUCCUGGAACUCGCUAAAGAGAAACGUAAUUUGACGAACAAAAUGACUGAACUAGAAGUUAAGAUUGACGAGCUACAGAGCAGGAACAACGCAUUGGAAAAAUAUGAGAGUGAAAAUCAUCAAAUGAGAGAGAAAGUUAACGAGCUUCAAAAGUUACAACAACUUGUAUCUGAGAAGAACCAACAGAUUGACAGUUUGAACCAACAUCUGGACAGAUUGGAUGACUUGCAAAGAUGCCUCAAUGACAAAACCGAAGAAUUUGACAAUCUUAAAGAGGCAUUUGAAGAGAAAUCCAAUGAGUUAUUCCAUCUACAAGACACUGUAGAAGCUUUAAACCGUGACGUUGCAAAACUGAACGAAGAAAAUGAAAAUUUGAACACUCACAACAAAGACUUAAAGUUGAAAUUGACGAAGCUUGAAAAGGAGCAAGAGAACGCUUCCCUCAAACUUCAGAGCAACGAGACUGAAUUGGUGCGUGUAAAUUCUCUCAACAAUGAACUGACCGCCAAGAUUGACGAGCUAAAACUUUUGACUGACAAGCUUAAAGACAAGGAGACAGAGAUAGAGAUACUACACGAGGACAUCAACGCCUUCCACGAAGAGAUAGCUAGUCUUAAGGAGCAGCUCAAGAUGGUGUCGAGGAGUCCAUCUCCUCGCAACAAGAGCGGAGACGAGAGAAAGUCGCUGGACCGACAGGCGAGCAAUGACAAGAAGCAGUUGGUAAAGAUCAGGAAACAGAUCUCUCUUCUGCAACAUGAACUUGACUUUAACAAGAAAGAGCUGAACGAUAAGGCAUUUGAGCUAGCAAAAGCGAAGCUGGACGUGACGGAACUCCGCAACAGUCUGAGCCAGGCCGGCAAGCAGGCCGCCGACAGCGAGGCCGCCAACACCGAGCUGCGGCAGCACGCGGACAGCUUGCAGCACGAGAUACAACACCUCGCCGCUGAGAAGGACCAGCUGGCGCAGCAGCUUGAUGCUGUGGUCGCGAGAAUGCGAGAAGAGUCGAACGUAGGCGAGUUGAAGAACAAACUGCGGCUGAAAGUAGAAAGGUGCCAAGAAUUGGAAGCGGAACUGGAAAACUUAAGGGAACUUGUGGACAGACUCCGCCUAUCCCCGGGUCGGGAAGUACGCACACCGACAGAGUCGCAGAGAGCCGUGGCCGUCCGCUCGCCCACCGCCGAGCUGGAGAGAGCGUUGAGAGACCAGCUCGACUACUCGCAUACACUGGAUGAGGAUAUCAUGGAACAGAUUUUGUCGGCGAGCAGCGACGAAAGAGAAGACAUUCCGCGACUCGCUCUGAAUACAUCGAAGUCGUCAAGUUCGAUCCACUCGUCGUCGUCGGACCGAGUGAACCGUCUCCGCACUGAGAACGACAAGCUGGUGAUGCAGGUCAACAACCUUGAGGCCAGGCUCAAAGACAAGGACGCGCUUAUUGCUGAACUUAACAGGGUCCGCGACAAGCUGGUGUCGGACUGGCAGGCCAGCCGCCUGCGCCUCGAGGCCGAGCGCGACAACUGCAGCAGGUUGCAGCUGCUGCUUGAUACACAUAAGCAUACUGCCGAGAGCUUGCAGAACCAGGACUCGAACAUGAUCCAGAUCUUGAAGAAGCGUUUAGAAGCCGCCAUGCAGUCUGAACUUGAGCUGCAACAGAGAGAGCAGCAGACUCGCGCUAGACUGGCGCAGCUGGAGCGGCAGGCGUUAGAUACUGCUAAUCAUAGUGAUCCGCUUACUGCGCAACUUAAUCAUGAGAGAGAAAACAGCGAGCGUUUGAAAGGCGAGCUGUCCCUCCUGAAAUCCAAGCUGGAAGUGGAACGCACGCGGUACGGCGACCUGCAGGCCAUGCUCGACCACUCGCGCCUGCAGGCCGAGAGAGAGAUGAAUGCUAGGAAUGACCAGUGUGCCGCGCUCAAGAGUGAACUCGCUGAGAUCAAGAGACUGAAACACGAGGCGGGAGUGCAGCUGGUGCGUUCACAGGAGCUCAUCAGCACGCAGGCCUCCACCAUCGCCCAGCUGGAGAAGAAGCUCAACUCCGGCGUACACUACCGACCUGUUACUGAUGCACUCACUGAAAUCGAAAGCACAAAAAGCGAGUUAUCCCGGGAACUAGCAACCCUGAAGAAGUGUCUCCUAGAAUCCAGCAGCCCCGAGCUGGUGGCGCUGCGACAAGAGAAGCAGAAGCUGUCGGCGCAGGUGGAGAGCUUGCAGCGGCAGCAGCAGCAGGACUGCUCGCAGCGGCAGCAGCAGCAGGACUGCUCGCAGCGGCAGCAGGACGAGCGCGACCAGGCCAUCCGCUACUUACACGGGCGGUGCCUGCGACUGGAGAGCUGCCGCAAGGCACUGGUCUGGCAGAAGCGAUACCUGCAGCGCGUGCUGGCCGGGUAUACUGAGUUCGAGAAGAACCUCAGGCUGCCUUCAGUCAGGACGCCUGAGGUCAGCAAGGGGAAGAAGCGGUUCAAGUGCAUAGUAUCGGUAGUGAUAGUGGUGCUGCGCAUGGGUUUCCUGGUGCGGCGGCGGCAGCAUGUGCGAGCGCUGUCCGCCAACUGCAUCCUGCGGGCGCCGAGACCUGAGACUCGACCCACCACCCCAGCCACACCUAUCACGCCCAACAACCAGCAGGCAUACGUCGCCGGCACGCCACGCACCCGCGCCCCCGCGUCAGUGCCCGCGCGGGCCCCGGCCGAGUCGCUCGCGCGCCGCGUGCUCCAGCACGAGCUGCGCCUGACCCUGCCGCCCUCUCCCGGACUGGCCGACUUUGCCAGGAGAUCACCAUACACAACAAAUUCACCAAACGAUGACCCGUUCAUUCUAAGUUCACCUCGCGGCGAGGUGGCGGCCGCGUACCUCAACAAGUUGGAGCUAGUGAGUCGCUGCCUCAACCACGCCAUGGACGCGUCACGCGACGUGCCCUGACGCGUCACGUCACGCGAUACAUCACGUCACCGCACCACGCUGCGUAUAGCGUCACGUGACUAUGACGUCACACAUGCACACAAAUGCCGCCCCGCGUACGGGAUUUAAAUUAUUUCCAUGAAUAUCUGUGAAUUGUCCGAAAUUGAUUUUCCAACACCUUCUUGAU